AGGAACUCCCGCCCAAACCCUCAAUACUCUUUCAGUCUCAUUCUCUGUCUCUCUCACACAGACACAGACACACACACACACACACACACAAAACUCACGCUCACGCGCACACACUCACAAACGGAGGCUCAUUUCUGUGUGAUUGAAGGAUUAUUAUUCCAUUUUUACUCUUUUAUUCGGCCCGUACUGGUUGCUAAUUUAGCCGUUUGAGAUGGAGACACUUUACACGAAGUUAUACGACAAGUACAUUAAACUCAAGAAAGAAAAGGAUACGGCGAUGGAGAACCUGAACCGCGAUCAAGAAAAGAAGUUUAUGAAUUAUGUGAUUGCUUCAGACGAAAUGAUAGAGUUCUUAAGAAGUGAAAAUGAAAGACUAGGCAACCAAGUCAGCGAGUUAAGAAGUGAAAUGGCUUUGUUCAGAUCUACCAAAGAUGAAGAAUGUAUUCAAUACAACAAACUGUUGAUGGAAGAAAACCAAAAUAAUAAAAAACUUCAAGAAGAAAUUGAGAGGCUUCGUAACCUUCAACGUGAGGGACGCUGCUGCCAAGCUAGGGAUGACAAAGUUGGUGAUGGAGCUGUUGACAUGCCUAUGAGUUCUCAGGUGGAAUCCUUUUCUUCAGAUGGCACGAGUGUUAGAAAGACAAGGAAACGCAGUAGACAUUCUCUACAUGAUAGAGGAGAUACAAUUACACCAUCUGCCACCAAGGAACAUGAGCAUGAACAGUUGAAUGUAUUACCAAAUAGAUCCUGCAAGGAAACUGAAGCCAGUGAUACUCCUUCAGACCAUUAUGAUGUUUUGCAGCUUGCUAUCUGCAAAAGGAAGAUGAAUAAUCCAGGCAGUGAUGUGGCUGCCAGUUGCAUGUUUCAAGAACUAGUGGAAUGGGUUGUUGGCUUGAAGUUGUCCAUUAUUCCUCAGAGCAGAGACUUCUGCAUUUCGGCUCUGCAUCCAUCAAGUGGUUACUCGUUCACUCUGACAUGGGUAAACAACUCAAAGGGUGAACCGGAGUUGCUCUAUCAUGUUUUAGCACUUGGGACCUUUGAAAGAGUGGCACCAGAGUGGAUGAGAGAUGUCUUGAUGUUCAGCAUGAGUAUGUGCCCUACCUUCUUUCAUAGGGUGUCCCGAGUUAUACAGCUCAAUCACUGACAACUUUUAGCUUCUUUUCUGGUUCUAACUGGAGAAGCGUGGAUGUGAUCAUCCUUCUGUUCUGGAAAGAUUUCUAACAAAUGGGUGAUGCUUUUGUUGAUCGGUUGUUAUUUUGAUCAACUCCCACAAAUGGAUCUAUACCUUUAUAUCUGAUGUGGUGAUGUCUUUGGAUGAAGUCAGAUUGGGCAGGUUCAAACCUGUUCUGGUAAUAUUUACAGUACUUUCUUUUCUGCUGUUGUAAAUUGAGCUAUUUGUAAUUGGUGACUUUAUGUAAAUGACUUCAUCACUUUGGUAAUGGGAGCUGCAGAAGGUGAGUGUUUUCCUUGAGCUUGUAAUAUGAUUGUUAAUAUUGAUGGAUCUUCUGGUUCUAGAGAGGUAUAAACCAACUUGUGUACCUA